GGGAGGAGGGGCGGGCGGAUCAGUCGGGCGAAGACUACUAAGGUGUGAGGUGUGACCCAUAUGAUCUCUUGUCUUAGUAUUGCAAACACCGUCCAGUACAUAUAAUAAGAAAAACGAAGCGGCCUCUCAAUAGCAUCAACAUCAGGGGGCUCUAAGGAAUAAGUGUACGACAAGGAACUCCCUUCCUCUCCUGAAGCAUGGGCGUGCAGGCAGCGUGUGAGGAAUGUGGCUCAGAGGCCACUGUCUGCUGCAGCAGUUGUCACCUGGGCAACUACUGUAGCGGCAGCCACUGCCAGCAGGUGUGGGACACCCACAGGCAACACUGCUGCCCCGUCGUCGAACGGAGCGACCCUACGGCAGGCAGGUUCCUGGUGACGAGCCGCGAGGUUCCUGCCGGGGAGCUGCUACUGACGGAGGUGGCCAUCGCCGUGGGGCCGCGCGCCACCUCCCCGCUUGUCUGUCUCGGCUGUCACCAACUCAUCCCUGGCGCAGAGUUCCCUCGCUGCGCCGCCUGCUGGUGGCCGCUGUGCUCCGAAGCCUGCGCCAGCAGCAGCCUGCACCGGGCAGAGUGUCGCAUCCUGGCCGCCGACACCAGCAGGCUCGGGCAGCCUCGAGGACCAGGCAGCACCCCGCGGUAUGACGUCAUCCUCGUGCUGCGCUGCCUGCUGCUGCGCGACACCGACCCUGCGGCCUGGCGCCGCCUGCAGGACAUGGCGAGCCACGCGAAGCGUCGCCAGCAGGAGAGGGAACAGCACCACAUGACGACUGUGCUCUACAUCAAGGACGUGCUCAAGGCCGACUACGACCUGCAGGAUAUUCAUCACGCUCGCGGGGCCAUCGUCACCAACUGCUUCGAGUGGCGGAGUCCUUCAGGAGUGAGCCUCCGCGGCGUGUAUCCCGUGUUGGGCCGCAUGAACCACGCCUGCCGCCCCACCGUCGCCAUCACCGCCGACAGCGAGGGCACCAUGUGGGCGAGGGCGGCGGUGGACCUCCAGGGCGGCGACCACCUCUACAACACCUACACCGGCACCCUCCAGACGCUGUGGCAGCGACGCGCCUACACCACAGAGGCGCACUUCUUCACCUGCUGCUGCGUCCGCUGCGCAGACCCGACGGAGUUAGGUCUGCACUACUCCUCUCCCAGGUGCGAGCAGUGCGACCACCAGUACCUGGAGCCGAGGACGUGGCUGGGGGAGAUGACGUGGGAGUGUCCGAUGUGCGGGCUGCAGCAGCAGGAGCAGCUCCUCCGUCAGGAGGUGGAGCAGUGGCUGGAGCACUUCAACUGUGACGACACCUUCCUGCACACCAGCCCCCACGCCGUCAGGAACAUUCUAGACAAGUUGGAGGAGGUCUUUCACCCGCAUCACCACGUGUGGGUCACUGCGGCGCAAGCAGCCAUCAGGACCCUGCAGGAGAACCGCUCCAGACAGGCCCUUGCCCUCAAAAAGGACCUCUGGCGGAGACUUUUGCACAUUUACGACAUCCUUGAACCAGGACUCACCAGAAGGAGAGGGGUGACCCUGUACGAGGUAGGGGUGGCCGAAGCAGACAUAGCCAGAGCGGAGAAGAAAGCCGAGGACCUGACGGAGUAUUUCUUCAAGCUACAGAUGCAGCAGGCGCUGCGCCACCUGCAGCAGGCCAUCUGUAUACUGAGCCUGGAGCCACCGCGGUCCAGCGAACGGAGAUGGUAUGACCGAGCCAGAGACGCAGCAGCAGCAGUUGUUCAGGACCUUUCUGGCGAGGAGCUGCCCGACCACACAAAACAGGACUUCGGUGGCCAGGAGCUGCCCGACCACACAAAACAGGACCUCGAUGUGGGGCAGUGCCCGACCUUCCUGGACAAGAUGCAGGGGCACCUCCCGACCUACCAUAUAAUAAGUUCAUAAUCAAUGUAAACCUAAUAUACACAAACGUGUUUUCUUACCAGUCUACGGGGAGCGUGAUCUAGCUCUCAAGAGUUCCGCCUUAGUUCCGCAGGGCCUGCUGAAGUUAUACCACUGAAUGUUUCAGGGUUGUUAUACUCUCAUGAACAAAUCCACAAGGGCCGUGACGAGGAUUCGAACCUGCCUCGGAGAGGCUACGGGAUCCAGUAAGUUCAGUAGAACUUCGGUUUCAACCCUUUUACCCUGUCGUAGCUCAGUCGAUUAAGGCAGUGUCUGGGAUGCUCCCGGACGCAGGUUCGAAUCCUCGUCACGGCCCUUGUGGAUUUGUUCAUUUGAUGCAUCACGUUAGUGUGAUAUCUGUGUGUGUUGUUAUAUUCUCUCCUGAAGCUAGUGUUCCCGCUAUCUCUGGUUCACUCUUCCCGCUUAGCAACCAUACUGGUUGAGAGUAUUUUACAGCAUCUGUCUGGUUCACUGGUCUUCCCAACUCCUCCCACCUGUCAAACCUCCUUCUGCUACUAAUAACUUAGAAAAGACUAUUCACUUUUCGUCUCUUCUCCGUCGUAUCUUACACCUGAUUAUUACACCUUUAGUCCUUCUCUUUUCUAAUGGUCUUAGCGUGUGUGUGGAACGGGGGGGGGGGGGGG